GUGUGUGUGUGUGUGUGUGUUACUCUGUGUGUGUGUAGCCUCCAUCAUGACGUCCCUGGCUCACCAGCUGAAGAGGCUCGCGCUCCCUCAGAGCGACCCCAACCUGCUGACCCGCAGAGAAGUCGCCUCGCUGCUGUUCGACCCCAAAGAUGCUGCGACCAUGGACCGCAGCACCUUCUACGCCCUCGGCUGCACCGGGCUGGAGGAGCUGCUGGGAAUUGAACCUGCGUUCCUGGAGUUUCAGGACACUUUGUUCAGCGCCGCGUCGCUGACGCUGGAGCGCAGUGUCCAAUCCAGAGAGGUCAACGACAAGCUGGACGCCGGCGUCUCGCUCUUCCUCACCCGCCUCUGCCCGUACUUCCUCCUCAAACCAGCGCACAAGUGCAUCGAGUGGCUGCUUCACCGGUACGUACCCGUUGGAGGCUGUACACAGGUGACCUGGAGUUUGUAGUUCUCAGGUCU